AUGGCUGUUGAAGCGCCAAAGAUCCUGGAGGUGGGAAGCAAGGCAUGGCUAGGUCCCGAUGAAUACGAGGAUGACAGCGAAUUUCAUGUCCGCGGAACGAAAUUCCUGGCUGGGGUCAAUUGGGGGAAACUGACCGAAAUAUGCUCGAAGCAUCGACAUGGACCGCCAUCUAUUCUCGAAAAGAAGUUCUCUGUAGGGCACUUCAACAUGGCCCGGCGAGUCGUCUUUGAGAAUGGAAUGUCGUGGAUUGCCCGUCUCCGAAUGCAAGACCUGGAAGAUGCCACAGAGCCAUACCGAGAUGUACAGGGCAGAAUGUCUUUCGAGUUAGCAUGGAUGAGUUAUUUGAAGUAA